UAAAAAGGGCUAGGGGUGCGGCUCAAGGGUGAGCACUUGCCUAGCAUGAGUGAGGCCUAUCCCCAAUGCUGGGGGGGAGGAUGUCCCACACGCUGCACACCUGUAAUUUCCCAGCACUCUGGGAGGCUGAGACAGAGGAUCACAAGUUCUAGCUCACCCUGGGUAACAGGAACCCAAUCUCAAAAAACAGAAAAAGGGCUGGGGAUGCAGUUCAGAAUGAAGGCUCUGAGUUCAAAAACCAGUACUGGGGGAAAAAAAGUCAUUACUCUGCCAAUAAACUACAGUGUGAUUAAUAACGUGGCACGGUUAUUAAGUACCAACUGUGUACCAUGCUGAGUGCUAACCUCUACUACUACAGGCUGGAUCUCAGCCCCUAUUCCAGAUGGGGAAACUGAGGUUACAAGGGAUGAAGGGCCUGGUCCAAGGUCAUGCCUGGGCAUGGCCUAGCUAGGGACCAAGUCCCAGCCGGUCAGACCACAGAAGCUGUAAGUGCUCCUGCUGGGUGAUGACUUGGGCCCAUUUCAGGGCAAACAGGCCAGGAAGACCGCCCAGGGGUUGGGAGAAGUGCUUACCGUUCCCUGGAUUGUGAUUUUAGAGCCCUUUUUCCUUUCUUCAGCGCUGCGGAUUGAACCCAGGGUCUUGCACACCCCAGGCAAAUGGUCUGACCUGUGAAACUCGGCAACGUGUGUGUGUGGGGUGGAUCCCCCCUCCUUACACCCUACUUAGCCCUAAUCCUAGCUCAUACUGGUUUGGGGCUAGCAGGGGUCUGUCUCCCAGGGAGACUAGAGUGCCCCGCCCCAGAUCCCACAGCCAGAGAGGAGCAGAGUCCUCAGAUCCCUAAGCCAGGGAGUGAUUACUGGGGGUGCUCACCCCUCCAGUGGCUGCUGGGCCCCAGGCUCCCAGGACGGUCACCCCAUGGGCAGAUGGGUAAACUGAGCCCUGCAAGCCAAGCCCCUUAAACAAGUCACUGAGCCCUCCUUGCUCAGACAGGGUAUGGAAAACGGAAGACCCCACACAUCACCAAGCCUUCUGUCCCAUUUUAUAGAUGGCCAAACUGAGGCCCAGAGAGUUUUCUCCACCGGCCCAAGGUCAGCCAGCAAGGGCAGGGACGCGGCUGUGCACUCAGCUCUUCCUCCUUGCGCGGGCAAUGCCCAGGGCCACCUUACUGCGGAGCGCAAGCCGCUACGUCCCCUUUAACGCCCCCCCUCCCUCCUCCCCUUGCAGGCAGACGCCGGGAUUGCGCCGCCGCCGCAGGGAGCUGCCCAGUCCUCCGGGCGCGGCGGGGAGCGCGGUCGGUCCGGACGCGGGGCCGCUGCGGGCGCGGGCAGGAUGGUGCGCGCUCGGGCGGCCCUCCGAGCCGGCGUGCUCUGGGCCGCGGCCUGGGGCCUCCUGCUGCUCUCGGCGCCCGCGGAGGCGCAGCGCGGCCGCAAGAAGGUGGUACAUGUGCUCGGUGAGUCUUGGUGGCCCAAGGUGCCACUGCGCUGAGGAGAGGGGCCGGGGGGAGGGCGUCGCCCGUGGCCAAGGUCGCCCAGCCCUUUCCCUCGAACCCGCCCGAGCUUCCUCCCCACAUCCCCUCUCUGGCUCCCUCACCCGCUCCAGGCCCCCUCUGAGCCCUGCUUGGUCGCCCGCAGAGGGGGAGUCGGGCUCCGUGGUGGUGCAGACCGCGCCGGGGCAGGUGGUCAGCCACCGAGGUGGCACCAUCGUCUUGCCCUGUCGCUACCACUACGAAGCGGCCGCCCACGGCCACGACGGCGUCCGCCUCAAGUGGACGAAGGUGGUGGACCCGUUGGCCUUCACCGACGUCUUCGUGGCCCUGGGGCCCCAGCACCGGGCCUUUGGCAGCUACCGCGGGCGGGCUGAGCUGCAGGACGAUGGGCCCGGGGACGCCUCGCUGGUUCUGCGAAACGUCACCCUGCAGGACUACGGGCGCUAUGAGUGUGAGGUCACCAAUGAGCUGGAAGAUGACGCUGGCAUGGUCAAGCUGGACCUGGAAGGCGUGGUCUUCCCCUACCACCCCCGUGGGGGCCGCUACAAGCUGACUUUCCUGGAGGCGCAGCGCGCAUGCGCCGAGCAGGACGGCAUCCUGGCGUCGGCGGAACAGCUGCACGCGGCCUGGCGCGACGGGCUGGACUGGUGCAACGCGGGCUGGCUGCGCGACGGCUCGGUGCAGUACCCGGUGAGCCGGCCGCGGGAGCCCUGCGGCGGCCUGGGCGGACCAGGGAGCGCGGGGCCCAGCGGCGGCGGCACGCAUGGGGGCGUCCGCAACUAUGGCUACCGUCACAACGCCGGGGAGCGCUACGACGCCUUCUGCUUCACCUCCAACCUCCCCGGUGCGUAGGCCCCGCCCCACCGGGACCCACGCCCCUACCCAGACACCCUGACUGCCACAGUCCGACGAUCCAGGGCGCAACAGGGCCCUGGCCAAGUUGGGAGGGUUCGGGGGGGGGGGCGGGGAGGGUGCAGCUCCCAGAUCCGGACGGUCCUGGGCUGACGGGGGGCUGGGGUCUUGAGCCCCGAGGGCGAAGAUCGGUCCUAACAACUUCCCCACGCCCCCCGCAGGGCGCGUGUUCUUCCUGAAGCCGCUGCGGCCGGUGCCCUUCGCGGGG